ACACAGGGCUGCUUCCCUGGCCUAAGUUACCUCAUGCAGCUUCUUUGUCACAGGGAUUGGCUGUCUGCACAUGUGCACAGGUGAUCAGUGGGCCAGUGACUGAGAUCCCACUCAUUAGGACUUGAAAGUGGAGCUAAACCAGAUAUAGGGGGGAGCAACAGGAAAACAAGGGGCUUCAGACAUGCUGCCGAAACCCUCCCCAACCCGGCCUGAUCCUCUUCUCUCUCCCUCCCCCCUUGCUGCAGGAACUGGAGGAGCUGUAGGAAGUGGAGCUGCAGGGAGCCAGCCAUGAUUGCCACCGGAGGCCUCCUGAGGAUCUCAGCCCGGAAACAGGACCCCCUGCGGCCUCCAAGCCAGGUGGCCAAGCGCAAGCACAAGGCCAAGAAGAAGCGCAAGAAUGAUGUGGUGGUGGUGAAGGGCAAGCUCAAGCUGUGCUCGCUCUCGGGACUCAUUGCCCUCUGUGGCAUCCUGGUGCUGCUGGUGGGCAUCGCCCUGGCCGUGAUGGGCUACUGGCCCAAGUCGAGCCUGCCUUACCGCCAGGGCAGCUUUGAGGGUGCCAGGGCCCUGCUGCCUCUGGGUAGUGCUGUCAAGAACCGCUCCCGGGAGUUAGCAGGCAUACACUCUGACACCGCUGGGGAUGACUCCUCGGGCAGUACCAGGAGACCCCCACCACCUCUUGACACUGCCUCUUCCUCCUCCUCGGCGGGCUUCCUCCUGCGCCUCUUCUCGGGCUACUUGCAGUCAGACAAACUCAAGGUGUUGGGCCCACUCAUCAUGGGCAUCGGCAUCUUCCUUUUCAUCUGCGCCAAUGCUGUACUGCAUGAGAACCGGGACAAGAAGACCAAGGUCAUUGACCUGCGGGACCUCUACUCCACCGUCAUUGAUGCCCACAGUCUGCGUGCCAAGGAGGUUGCUGGCACUGUUGUUGCCCCACCUGCCGCCCCAACACCACUCAAUGGCUUUGUCAGCUACGCAGCACCCCGCGGUGCCUGCUAUAAGCCAUCUGAUUUCUAA